GUGCAUUCACAGCAAAUGCUGAUCACAUGUACAGAUUGUGUGCAAACUAUCAUCGUUCCCAACAAAUCGUCAUCUGAGGCCUCAAGAGAUUGCCAUCUUUUUGCGCUGUUUGUUUAACAUUAAGCAGUCUCUUCGGUGCAACAAAUCAAGCUUUUAAAGUCCGGGACAUUUGCUCUAUGUUGGUGAUACUCGAUCGUCCUGCAGUCUGAGUUGCAUUUGAGUUAGUCAUGCUGCAACUUGACCCAGACCGUUUCCUUAAUGAGCUGGGGAGGCUCUUUGAGAGGGCAAAAGCCAGAAAUAAUACAGUGAGCGUGACAAUGAAGCGAAGCAACUUGAAGCCAAAGAAAGCCAGAAAUCCUGAUCCGGCAGCAGAAUUUGUCUGUCUGGUCCGAGCUACCGAUGGGAAAAGGAAAAUCAGUACAACGCUCAAUACAAAGGAGUAUGCACGCUUCCAAGAGUCAUACGGAACAAUCCUCAAGGCUCACAUGGAUGCGCUGAAGAAGAGAGAAAAGACAAAGACAAAGACUGUGAAGAAAUGAAGGAGUGGGGUUGCGUGAUGCAUCAGUGGGAUCAAAGUGCAACCCGAUUUAUUUUUUUCAGGACACUAGCUUGUCACUGUGAGAGGGCACCAUAUCAUUCCCAUGUGGUGCACAUUGCACUGCAGAACAAGCGAUGCCGAGAGAUUUAGCGACUUGGACUAACAGUUGCAGACAAGCUGAAGAGUUGCAGUACAGCUCUGCCGGCAAAUGAUGGUGUCUGCUCUAAACCAGGAUGCUUUCACUGACCGUUCCUUGCAUAUCAACGAUUGCAUGGAGAUUAACAACGGGAGACGAGGUCACUUGACAUUGUCUCAAUUAUUUCCGCCUACCCUUCUGGCUGUGAGAGGCUGGGGUCUUCAGCAUCCAGUCCACAACACUUUGCUGAGCAUUCAAGGGCUGGCGCUCGUCUAGCGCGCGCAUGCCAGCACCACCCCCGGCAAAUUUCCUGUUGU